AACAACAGAAGAGAGAUGGCAAGAACCAAGCAGACCGCUCGUAAAUCCACCGGAGGUAAAGCUCCCAGGAAGCAGCUGGCCACCAAGGCUGCCCGUAAGAGCGCCCCGGCCACCGGCGGAGUGAAGAAACCCCAUCGUUACAGGCCCGGUACCGUGGCUCUCAGAGAGAUCCGUCGUUAUCAGAAGUCCACCGAGCUUCUGAUCCGUAAGCUUCCCUUCCAGCGUCUGGUCAGAGAAAUCGCUCAGGACUUCAAGACCGACCUGCGCUUCCAGAGCUCCGCCGUCAUGGCUCUGCAGGAGGCCAGCGAGGCUUACCUGGUCGGUCUGUUCGAGGACACCAACCUGUGCGCCAUCCACACAAUGAGCGGAAGAGGCAAAGGCGGAAAGGGACUCGGUAAAGGAGGCGCUAAGCGUCACCGUAAAGUCCUCCGUGAUAACAUCCAGGGAAUCACCAAACCCGCCAUCCGCCGUCUGGCUCGCCGCGGCGGAGUGAAGCGUAUCUCCGGUCUGAUCUACGAGGAGACCCGCGGUGUGCUCAAGGUUUUCCUGGAGAACGUGAUCCGGGACGCAGUCACCUACACCGAGCACGCCAAGAGGAAGACCGUGACCGCCAUGGACGUGGUUUAUGCCCUGAAGAGGCAGGGCCGCACUCUGUACGGCUUCGGAGGUUAA